CACCUGUGCAAGACUGAAGGGAGGAGCCGGUACACCUGUGCAAGACUGAAGGGGAGGAGCCGGUACACCUGUGCAAGACUGAAGGGGAGGAGGCGGUACACCUGUGCAAGACUGAAGGGGAGGAGCCAGUACACCUGUUCAAGACUGAAGGGGAGGAGCCGGUACACCUGUGCAAGACUGAAGGGGAGGAGCUGGUAUCCCUGUGUAAGACUGAAGGGGAGGAGCCAGUACACCUGUGCAAGACUGAAGGGGAGAAGCCGGUACACCUGUACAAGACUGAAGGGGAGGAGCCAG